CACCGCUUGAUGCUUCUCCGUCCGUAGUAAAAUAUAAUCAAGUGUCAUUCAUACCAAAUUCAUUAAAUAUUUGUGCCCCAGGUGUCAUCAACUUUGACAUCAUAACUUGUGAUUUUAACACUUAUUUAUCAAUUACAAUUGGAGUGUGGUGGAAUAAUUGGAUUCUUUAAUUACAAACGCAAGGAGAUCGCCGAAACGAUAUCAUGGAAAGCCUUUCGGUGAUAUGGCACCGAAACUAAUAGCUCUCACUGGAGCGAGUUCCCAAUGACGAAGUGGACAUGAGUUGGUCGUCCAGAUGGUCACCGUUACGGAUUAUAAUUUUCAUUUUGCUAAAAUAUGGGACAAUGCAACCGACUUUGACGAUGGAGGAGACGUUGUUCUCGCGUCUGAUUGUUGCUGCAUCUCACACCGCAUUGUCCGGUGAUCUCGAGGUCUUUAUUAUGAAUUUGGGGAUGAGGACCACGACAGAUGCACCUAGGAUUGAAACAACAACUGAAGAAGAAGCGGAUAUUGUCAUGGAGCAGGAGGAAGGAGAGAUGGCUAACGAGGAAUACGACUCCUGGGUACCACCUACGCCAGAUCUUGAUCCCUUUGUUCUUAGAGUUAUGCGGCUGGAUGGAUUUACGUCGGAGCUAGUUGGAGAGGUAACUGUCGAAACUUCAAUGAUACAAGCUGGAAAUGUGUCACUCACUGUUCCAUGUGGAUUCUUCUCUCGUGGUGGAGCAUACUCCCUUGUUCUCCAACGCAGCUCUCUGCCACCUAGUUCAAAAUUUGCUGAUUUCAAUAAUAUCCAGGUAAAAACAACUUUAGACGUGAGAUGGCCAACUCCAUCCCUCACUCUGGAACCCCAACACUUCAACACUUAUCCCGACCAGCCAGUUUUAGCCACUCUAGAGUACACUGGAAUCUCAUGUGCACCCGCCAAGGGACUUCCAGUUGACACUUAUUCACUUCAACUUAUCUACUGUGGGGCAAGUGUCCUGUCCUGUGAUCCGCGAAAUCGGAGUAUUCCUCAGAUGCUGUACAACGAGGAAAUCCGAGGAUUUCCCAUGCAAAAAAUUUUGUACAUGCGUUGCGAGUUCUUCGGAUUAGCAGGCCACUAUGCAUUGAGGUUGAAACCAACUGAUGGAAAUUCAACUGCACCAAUGAUCUCCGCUUAUAUGAAGGUUGAAAUAUCAAACCAAUACGUCUUCAAUGUGCACGCAAGAUCGGUGUACCCCUGCGAUGGGAAUUCCGGGGGUCUUUCCGUUCUCUUCGAGUACCCAUCCUGUCGUCUUCAGGAAGAUCGUGUGAGGGUGUACGGUGGCCUAAGGGCUGACGUUGCAUCCUUAGCACCACCGUCAACCCUCCACUACGUCGCUGAACUUAAAGCACCACCUGGCAAGCACACACUAACAUUUGACUGUGAGAUAUUCACCGAGAGAUAUGUCGAGUACUGCUUCGUCUACGUCAGCCAGGCGAUUAACAACGCGAUGGCUGAAGUCAGAGAGGAUUGCAUUCCUACAUUUCCGGUUCAAGACAGUGAUGCGGGUGGCUGGGGUGAUUGGAGUCCCUGGAGUCCAUGCAGCAGUACCUGCGUCGGUGGUGUUCGCAAUCGGUACAGAUUCUGUGACAAUCCUCUGCCCCGUUAUGGUGCUAAAUUCUGCCAGGGGAAAGCUGUGGAGACUGAGGCCUGCGGUGGAUCCACUGCUCUGAAUCUCAACAGCAAUUUGACACCGAGCGACUGGGAGUGCAAUCAUGGAAAGGAUCUGGCAGUUGAGAGGCCCGAGGUUACUGCGGAAAUUGGCAACAAGUGCCGGUGUGGUUGUGUUGUCAAUAUCCGAAAUGAAACCGAGAGAAGGAUAUUGGCUGCUAGCACACGCGCCUGUCCUGGUCGAUCAUUCUGGUUGAUACAGGCUGAACCAGAAUACGCGAUCAAACUCCACUUUGAUCAAACAAAGUUCCCAUGCCCGGGACAGUACGUGAGAGCCCGAGACGGGGAUUCAUUGAGUGCCGAACUCUUAGCUGAUAUUGCGUUGGAUAAAAGUCCAUCAGAAUCUGGCACUAUAAUUUCCACCGAAGAGAGACUACUCCUAGAGUUUUUCAGUGAUGAAAUUGUGGUGGCAAGGGGCUCUUGUGUCGGUGGAUUUCUCGCUCAUGCUUCGAUAUUCUUGAAACCUCAGAUGGAAAAUGGAACAGCAGAUACAACCGCAGUCCUCAUUGGUCCAAAAGUCAUGGCUGCUGCUGGACGCUGGGCUAUGUGGCUUUCCCCAGCUCAUCUCGUUGCCGCAUCACUACUACUACUCAUGUUUCUAGUUUCCAUCUUCCUUGCUCUUCAGUAUGCCGUCAAAUACAGGAAAUAUCAGGUUGCUGAAGACCUAGAUAGCCUCACUGAUCAUUCCACUUGCAGUGGAUCUAUGCAGGGGUUGGCCAGACGUGCGAGAGCUAUUUCUUCAGCAACUUUAAUCUCAGAAGUUGUUUCCCUGGUUCGAUUAUCUCGGAGAGGAUCAUCGGGGCACGGACGUCUUGAGGAAACUACUGCUGAUCUUGAAGACGGUUAUGAGAGCACGGAGACUCAAGCCGAAGUGGAGGAAACGCAGAGCAUCGAGUCAAUUACCCCAAAACAAAAAGAUAGCGAUGAAAGCGGCUCGCAAAAAACUAUAGUACCGAGUACACGAAGUACUCCAUCGAGACGUUCCUCUGUAUCAAGUACCACAACAAUUGGCCAACCCGAGAUCAAAUUUGCCAGACCAGUUAAACUCCGUACAGUUGGUCCAAUAAGUCCCGUGUCCGAGGAGGCAUCAAGUUUGGAAAACGAUCGACGAUACAGCACCACAAGCGGCUCCAACAGUGCGAAUAACGGAUUUUCCCCGGCAAGUACAUCUUCUAACAUUUCAACUCUGCGCUGUGGUAAGGAAACCAAAGACAGGAGGAAUCGCGAGCGUCUCCUCCAGGGUCCAGGCUCUGAGUUCAGUUUAGCAAAUCCUGACACAGACCUGGAGCUCGACUACUACGAUUACAACGUAGUAAACGCUGGAGCAGCUCCAGGCUCCUACCUGGGAAUGGAUCCAGCGUUCCUUGUGUGGAUUCCACCCCUGACCCCGGAUUCAGAGCUCCUGGACUCCCUGAAGGAAGACCACCACUACGAGGAAAUUCCCGACAGAAUAACUCUCGAUACCGAGGGAACGUCCCUUUCCCCAGAUACAUAUAAAACUAUAAAAUAUGAUAACAUCACUCCCAGGAGACUAGAUCCCGGUGAAAGUCGUCUGCACGAUGAAAUAAUCUCAGAGUAUCGAGCACGUCUCAGCGAGGGAAUCCUUCCAAUCCACAGGAUUCUGGAGGAAUCAAGGACUCGAAUUAGCGAAGAGUCUUUAUCACGUCACAGUGACAACAAUCUUCAUGUCGACGUUAUCCCCAAUCGAUUGAGGGAUGAGGAUUACAAGGAGAGAGUUAUCUCCGAUGAAUUCGAAAGGCCCAGGAGUGCAGCGUGCCGGAGGGACGACGAGAAGAGAACUCCUGCUGUUAUUCGAAACAGAUUGCAGGAGUACGUCGAUAAUUCCGAGGGCAAUUCCGAAGUCAUUAAGAAGUCGAGUGAAGUUUCCAAGGGAUUUAUGGCGAAGAGGAAGAGUCUGAGGAGAGACUCCUCCAGGGACAAUGAUCGAGAUGUUUGCGAGGUAAAGGAGGAGUUUAUUCUUCCGCGAACUCCUGGAUAUCAGCGGAGGUUCAGGGAUAUUGCGGAUUUUAAUGGGCGAGAUAUGGGGGACAGGAGGGGAAGUAAUGAGAGCAUACCGAUGAGGGAAAUCCGGAGGAAUGAGUCACCCGUGAGGGUCCACAGGUCCAAGGAGGUCAAAGAUAUUUAUAUUUUGAAGGAGAAGGAGGUGAGCAGUCCUGAUUAUGGGGUUGAUGUCGAAGGCAAGGGGACGAGGGAGAGUUUCUAUGAUUUUAUUGGAGAGGAUGAGGAUGGCAUCAAGUUCGCUGAUGAUGACGAGGAGGAGGUGGAGGAAUAUGUUGAUAAUAAAGUCGUAGUGUAAAUUCGAAGAGCUUUUUGGGGGUCGAGUUUGGGAAUUCUUGGAGGCGAUUGCCGGGGUUUAGGGAAGAAUGACUGAAUUUUACGCAGCUCAUGGAAUAGUCUGCAGAAGGUUCUGUCGAGAUCUUUGGUGGACGUGAUUCUGGGAUAUUUGAGGAGUUCUGAGAGUUUGAUCCAGUUUUAUCGAAUGAUCCGGAUGAUGAGAAUAUAAAUUUCGACUAUAUUUUGGUUGUUGGAAUUCUCAAUGUGUAUCUACAUAGUUUAGAUGAUACAGAACCGGUUACUCGUGGACGUUCUCAUAUCAUUCGUAGGCUGAUCGUUCGGGUAGAUAUUUAAUUGAAUUAUGAAGGGUGGACAGAUAAAUAUUUCGGUAAUUAUCAAAAGACUGUAUUUUUGACGUAAAUCACGAGGCUUUACUUAGACUUUGUAGAGGUAGAUGAAACAAGUUACGCUUUUAUUUUUUUUGUUUAUUAUUUUCCAUCGAGAAGUAAAUUAUUUCGUUAUCACAAGGAAUGAUGGAGUCGAAUUGUGGACUCGCGAAUAUUUUCUGUAAAAUUGCUAGAAGCUGCCGUGAUCUAUAAUAAUAAUCCUGGAGAUCAAUAAUUCCCGGAAUAUUCGCGGAAUUCAAGUUCAAUUCGUUGAAUUCCAUUGGAAACAUUAUAUUAAUUAAUUUAUUUGCAAAAUUACUGUAGAGUAAUGUGUAAAUUAAUUUCUUAUAAAUACUAAUGAUAAGUGACCAGACCAAAACUAUUGAGAGGAGAACCUUAUGUGUAAUAGAAUAGGUUUUCAUAUGUAAAUCAUUCCUGAUGAUAAUCAUCUUCUAUCCAGACAGCCUCUAUGAUAUCACGUUAAGAGAAAAGAUGUGAGUUUAUCAUAAAUGUAUUUACUUACCAUUCCGUAUUUCUUUCUAGUCAAUUAUUUAUUGUAUAAUACAAAGAAUACGUCAGAGAAAUUGAUAUUAUAAAAGGGAAAAUAAAUUUUACAGAUCAAGUAGGUCCUCACUAAAUGCCUCACCACCUUUUAAUUUUCAAUUUUUAUUUAUUCGCUAUUUUCAUGUUGAUUUCUCUAGAUGUAAAUGACGCAUUUAAUUCAAUUAAUGAAUAAUUAAAUCGGGAGCCGAAAUCGAUCAAAGACUGAUACCGAUCGACUUGACGCGAAAUUACAAGAUUAAGUGGCAUUUGUUGGCUCAAUUAAUUUUAUUUAAAACCUAUUUAUUCUUUCGAGCUUAAAAGAUAAUUAAUUUACCUGUAAUUACGCCUCAUUGUAUGAUUACAGCCGUGUAUUUUGUAGUUGUUGAUUAAUAAAAAUAUUUACUAAAAAAAUUGAGAGAUGAUUGUCCGUCCAAUUAAAA